AUGACAAGUGAGAGUGGCGAAGAAGUACCUUCAACUCGUAAGUCUUCAAUGGCUGGCUCCGUUUCAAAUGACAACAAUGGUCUGACCGAGCCCAGCUAUGAAGAGAGAGAAAACAGUCCUGAGGGCGAACUGAAAUGUCCUCACUGUAGUACAAGUUCCAAAUCGCAAUGUGAAAUCGAUAUUCACAGUCGCGAGAAGCAACCAUCCGACGAGAUCGCGGGGGAGGUCUUUGUCAGACGAGAGCAAAGUGUCUCUUCGUGUUCCAGUGACGAAGAAUCAAGCGAUGACGAAAGCGAUCCCGAUUUUGUCCCAUCAGGCCCCACCCCUGAGGAGGACAAUCCUGUAACAGAAUUGUUCUUUUAUCCAACCAAAAAUCAUUCAUUCAUAUACAUGCGACUCUGUGAAAAUAGAAGAAAACUAGAAAGAAAUCUGAAAGCAAGAAUUCUCAAGAAUAUCAUCACUGGGUCUGAAGUGGGACAACAAACCGCCCAAGAGAGGGGCUUCUCUAAGCAAGAUCUUUUGACAAACCAUAUUGACUGCACGCAUGACAGACCACACCCAUUCCAACACUGUGAUCAGAAGUUCUCGACCAAGGAGGAUCUUCAACUGCACAUACCAGUUCAUACUGGGCAAAGUUGUCCAUAUUGCAGUCAGGUAUUUCCAUUGAGAAAUGAACUUCUUAAGCACGUGGCACACGCUCAUGCCGAUGAAGAUCUCAGGAGCACGUUCGUGUUCACACUGGAGAGAAGCCUUAUGAGUGCCGGCAUUGUGAUGAGGCGUUUGCUCUUCCACGACAACGAGUGCAACGUGAAAAACAAUGUUGGAAAGAAAGAGUACAAGUGCAAACAUUGCCCUGAAACCUUUAAAACACCUUCGAUGCGGUGGAUUCACUCCACGUCUCAUACAGCGGACGUUUUACGAUGCGAACACUGUCCUUAUGCUACAAAAAUAAGACACGCAAUGGCUCAACACAAAAUCAGGCAGACCAAUGAAAAACCAUGCAGUUGUGAUCAGUGCUCGAAACAGUUUACCCAAUUAAGCCGCUUCCAGAUCCACAAGCGUUCUCACACUGGGGAGAAACCCUAUGCAUGCCAACAGUGCGAGAAAGCAUUUGUUGAUAGCUACAACCUGAAGAAGCAUACUAGGACACACAAAGGAGAGAAGCCUUACAAAUGUAACUUUUGCAGUAAGAGCUUUGCUCAAGGAUGUCAGCGGCAGUUCCAUGAGAGGAAACACACUGCUAAGAAUCCUUACGAGUGCUCGCAGUGUGGAAAGAAGUUCACUCUUAGACAGGAACUGAACAAUUGCAAGGACUUGCAUUGCAGACUCAGAAGAAAGGAAAACAGCCGGUUAAGAAGAAAAGGAAGUAAUUACGGAGCAAGGCUGCUUGAAUUCGCCGGCUUUUGUACCUUGAGAACCAAUCUUCAUGAAAGUCGGUCCGACCUUUGUAUAAUCAAUUCCUUCAACCACGUUGACGCUAAAGGGACUUCCUUCAAUCUCGCGCCCUCUGACGGCCACGUGCAGAAUGUGCCUGCCAUGCGUGACGGGAGUGUAACGCACUCUCAUGCUACCAUCGCUGUUGUUGGUGACCUUGUUGCCGAGAAAGAACCCCUCUGGCGCUUGGACUUUCACUUGAACGGGUACCACUUUAAGUGCGAGCAAUGUGGAAAGGCCUUCAAGAUUCAAAGUGCUCUUAAUAUUCAUCUGACUCGCCAUGGAAGUGGGAAGCCUUUUAAGUGUCCACACUGGCCUAAAUCGUACAAAUUUGACACAAAACUAAGGGAGCACGUUCGUGUUCACACUGGAGAGAAGCCUUAUGAGUGCCGGCAUUGUGAUGAGGCGUUUGCUCUUCCACGACAACGAGUGCAACGUGAAAAACAAUGUUGGAAAGAAAGAGUACAAGUGCAAACAUUGCCCUGAAACCUUUAAAACACCUUCGAUGCGGUGGAUUCACUCCACGUCUCAUACAGCGGACGUUUUACGAUGC